GGGAGAUUGAUUUCCGGUUAUUAAUUUUUCUCCGGUAAAUAUGUGUUUACCACUAGUUUCCUCUUAUUCGGAGAAUCAACUUUGGCAUUCAGAGAUGUAGUGCUACCUGGACUAAAUAGCUCCAUCAUGGUUUAUAUGAUCAAACUGUGUUUAUCAGUUUCUGGACAUGGCUGAAUUGUCGAUUGUCAGUGUAGUCCUAUUCAUAGCAUCAGGGGGCUUGGUUUUCAUCCUACUGUUCCUGUUUGCCAAGCGUCAGAUUACAAGAUUCACACUCAAAUCUGCUAGAAGACCCCAUGUCAACAUUGGAACAGAUGCACCCAAGAUGAUGCGACAGGAGAUCAAGAGACGUCUGGAUCGGGUGGAGCAUUUUAUGUAUGAGCCAGUGCUGCUGACCGAGAGAGUCCAGAUUGUGGCUUCCUCAGUUCCCAAUCAUUACUACUACAGAAUGAAGGCGCUGGAUGCUUACACUAAUGCAAUUGAGAGUCUACGUGAGAAUGAACCCACAAUGGAGAUGAGGCACCCGACACAGACUAUCCGACAGUACCUGUUUUCCCUGUGUCCAUCAGCCAUCACAGGACCUGCCCACAAGUCUGACAUCAUCCACCGGUUCUCUGAUGGCUAUGUUCAGGCCAGGCAUGACCCAGCUGUGUUUGAAGGGGAGCAGUUCAUCAACUACAUGGAGCUGUUGGACCAGGUGAUUCGCCUCAUCAAACAAGAUGCUGAUAACCGGUCCAGCACAGCAGUGUGGUUCAGCAAGAAUCUCAAGGACACAGAAGUGAUCUUCCAGCCGGGGAAAAAAGGUUUCGAAGAUGGCACAGUUACCGUCCAAGCCUCCAAGUCUCACACAGACACAGAACCAAAGACAGAGACUCGGAACCGGCGCCCAGAUAGUCUGGAACAUAUCAACCUGGUGGACAGCGGCAAGUCCAGCGGCUACAGCAGUACGGACAGGUCAAGCAGCAGCAGGGGGAGUGUCGAGAAACUCAUCCCUGUCCGGGAAGCUGAGAAGGAAGAUCCCGUUUAAACACAGGUGGUGUUACCAGUUUCAAGGAUGUAUGAUUCUUGGGGAGGAUUAGAGGAGAAUGUUUGGUGAAGAAGUGUGAUGUGUUUGGCUCAUUUUGUUGAAUGUUUUAGAGAACAGUUUAGUUAGUAUAAUGAAGGGCAAAAAUAACUGAACAUGUACAGGUUUAUGAUUGUGUUGUGGUGAAACAUCUACUUUAUGAUUUUUAUUCUGGGGCUGGAAAUUUGUAUACACUAAUCUUUUCUGUAGGUACAAAAACAUUCACCAGUGCAUUUAUUUUUAUAAUGUUCAGAUUAGAGUUUAGUAAUCACAGCUGUGCAAAAUAUCCUCAUUGUGUAGUAAAUGGAUUUUAUGCAAAAUGUGAAGAAGUAUGUUUGCUCAGUCAAACAUUCUUUAGUAUAAAAAGUCACUGGAUAUGUUUGUGAUUAAAGUCCUUUAUCAUAAAAUGUUACAUGGGGAACUUAAAAAUGGUAAUAUUUGUUGAAGUAGAAAAAAAUCUUAAAUGUUGUAGCUUGUUCAAGAUUGUUAAUGGUCGAGCUUGGACCUUGACUGACUUUACAGUGACAAAUACUCCAGCGUAACCAUGCUCACAAGAGUAACCAAAGUUCUUGUUUGUAAUUUGGUUCACACCUUGGUAGGUUUCUUGCGUGUAUUGCACACUAUAUGCUCAUCAGUCAACACAUCAUUAGUGGAUAGUGAUUUGCAUUUAACUUGUUUUGGUAAGUGUUGAAUAGGUGGUACAAACAUGUAACCAUGGUAACCAUACACAUUUUCUUUUGUGUUUAUACCCAUGUUUUAGUGGCAGCCAUUAUUAUCUUUAAGGGGAGAUAAUUCCACAUUGGUUGUCCAUAUUAUUUUGUGUCAUGUCUAUGGAGUAGGUCUGAAGAAAAGUUUGCUUCUAAAUGAUGAUAGAACUAAGUUUCCUGUUGUAUAAGCAUGAGAUAUUUGAAACGUAGGUUCACAAAAGGAUGAAUGCCUGAUGUCAGUAACACCAAUGACUCAAUGUCAAAUGUGACUUGUCUAUUGAACACCCUCAUACACCCUCAAGAUGUUAUCGUCUUGUAUUAGCAAAUCCACAUACCUCACUGUGACGUAUUGCGAGAACAGGACCUUCUUUAUACAGAGAACAGGUUUUUCCAUUAAACAGCACAGGGAUAUUUCAGUGUCUAAAUAAAAUAUGAAUUUGGAAUACACUGAACACAGAAAUCCAACUGACGAGACCAUGUUUUUUCAUAUUAUUUUUUUGGGUAAACGACAAAUUACCAAGUUUUGGUUUUAUUUCCUCAUGGUAUGAUCAUAUGACACUGGAUGCAGUUGUUCCUGAACAGGGCGAAGUGGGACACAUACCUCAUUGCUCACAUUUGCACACUUGUUUUGGUUUUAUUAUAAUUGUACAUGUCGCCAUUAUUCACCAUUGUUCACCAUUCCCUUGCAAAUCUAAAUUGCAUAUUUUACUUUAUUUUAUCACACUAACGUACCCACAUUUUUCUCUUCCAUUAUUAAUACAAUUGAUGUAUUUUUACAAAUAUUUAUUUUAGAAGAAACAAUAACAACGACAAUGUGAUAUUUGCUGAUCAUUUGUGUGUACAUAUGUAGAUAUCGGGAUACCAAUGUACGUCAUGUUCCACAAGGUUGUCUUUGUGGUGUGACUAUUGUUGAUCCAUACUUUGUUAAAUACUUAUGGUAGUCUUAGCACUAAGAUAGUUUUGUGGAAAGGGACCCAAACAACGGUACCUUGUAGCUGUGUGUAACCAUGGCAACAAUUGAAUGCUUUGAUAGAGAGAAGAUUGCUAGUGUGUAAGUUUCAAAUUUUGUGUUGGGUCUAUAUAUGACAAGCUAUCAUAAGAUAGGUCUUCUUUGAUCAAAGAGAAUGAAAUAUUUCAUAUUGGAGAAAAUUGAGAAUUGCUCUGAUUUUAUGGGAUUUUAUCCAUUAAUUUUUUUAUCAUGGUGUUGUUGUGUCCACAAGUUACAAUUUCAUAAACAAAAAUUGUGUGUUGAACACUUUCAUUAACUGAUAAGGAAAUCUUUCAGACACAUUUUUAGUUUGCUUCCAAUAAAGUUGCAAAUGACUGUGUGAGUGUUCGGCAGGGACAUGAGCCUCAAAGUAUUGCCUCAUUGAAUACCAAAGCAAUUCAUAAACAUAAAACAGAAGUCAACAUCAACAGAAAAAAGUUAUAUCAAAGGUGAAAGUUCUAUAAUGGGGUGCCACAGUUUCAUCAUCAUGGUCAUAUUUCAACAAACUUGAAAUGUAUUUCAUUAACUAAGGAAAUAAAAAUGGAUUUUACUUACUCUCAGUAACAUAAUAAAUAUUGGCUGAUAUUGACGUGCUUGUGAAGUAAACAUGUUUCAUCGCCCACUGGCACUAAACACCAAGUUGACACUGAAUGUUUAUCCUCUGUGAAACUCUUAUUUCUGAGUCAAGUGGACAAUUACUUGAAACUUGGAACGUCUAUGUAAUGUGAUCAUCUACCUUGGCUGAUAGAGAACAAAAAACAUAUUGACCUAUCGUUUUCCUCAUAGAAUAUUGAUGAUUUAAAUUUAAUAAUACGUACAAUGUGACAGGUGGUGUAGAUCUAUAUCAUGAGAACAAUAAUCAAUUUUCAACCCACUGUUCUAAACCUGUCAUUGAUAAUAUGGGCCCUGAACAAGCCUUUACAUGAGUUGUAAUAAAUAGCAUCACACAGAGACUCAGGUGUCUCCAAAUUGGGACAGUCUGUGCCAAUGUGUGGUACUAGACACCAUGAUAAUGCUGAAAUACUGCUAAAUCACCAAUAAAUGGUUUGUCCCAGAAUUUGUGAUGGAUUGAUAUUGGAUAAUCACAUUCCACGCACACAGAAUCAUGUUUCAUGAAAACGGAAUAAUGUUCCACGUAUACAGCUCUGUGCUUGUGUAUCUGUGAUAUGAUUCCUCACAUGAAGCAGAGAAUGAAGACCACAGCUGACAUUUACAUACUGCAUAUUCCGUAAUAUGUAGGAUUCAUGUAGCGACUGAGAUUGUACGAGGUAACACUUAAUUUAGAAAGUGGACAAAAUAUUCUAUUGAUACCAUUUACCGUUACCUAACAUGUCUACAAUCAGACCUACAAGACUCAUAUAUAAGAAAACAUUUAGAGUUAAAACAAUAUGUUGUUAUCACAUUUAUCACGUUUAUUGUAAAUUUAUCAUCUCAGUGUCUGUGAAAUCUAAAUUGGAAUUUGAUUUGAAAAGUUUCCAGACAACAUAAUAUAAGUGUAAUUUUGUUAUCAUUAUCAUCAGCAUAUUGGUUAAAUGUUAUGUAUAGGUAAUUUACAUAUAAGUACCAUUAUUCAACUGUGUCAGAUGUACAUAUGUAUGUGUGUCAGGCCGAACUUGGUAUUUUAUCGCACAUAUAAUGAAUGUGUGUUUGUGUGUGUGGUGUAUAUACACACUAUAUAUUCAACUGGUUUAGUGGUACUACCUCAUAUUUACACACGUCAACACUCAGUCUUGUUCCUGCACACAAUACUAUGUAAUAUCCGUUUUAAAUAUAAUUUCUUUAUUUCUUUUUCAAAAUAACCAUCAAGACAUGGGGGACAAAUUCUCCAGUGACUAUUCAUUGAACAAAUCCAGCUUGCACACGAUAGACUGAGGAAUCUGUUUGUUGGAGAACUGGCAUUCAAAAUUUUAACAUGUGGCUACAAACAUCGAUUCUUGACCAACUACUUUUGAAAGUUGCGUGGGUGACUUGAGGAUUUUGUUUUGAUAUUAAAAGGACUUCCGCAUGUGAGCAUUUUGCUAGGUCUUCCAAGAGCAAAGAGCCUUGUCAUUGCAUCUGUUCAUUUUGAUGAACGUCAAAACCUUCAUCUAUCUUUAAACUGAAAGGUAGUCAUCUAUCAUUCCAUUGUCGCCCAGUACUAACAAAAGAAAAUUGCUAUAUGUGUAUGUUCCUGCUUUAUUGAUAAAUUACAGUAUGAUUCAUUCAAGGUUAAAGUUCACCCAAUCACAGAGGUGAUUCCUCCAGCCAGCAUUUUUCAGAAACUUGGAUGAAAAUCAAAUAAUUAAUCACUUGAUGCCUAAUGUGAACUUGGCUACAAAUGUGCUUGUAAAUCUGGAUGUAAAUAUAUUGAGUGAUAUAUUGAAGUCUACUGUAAGUUUGGAUUAAUAUGGAAUAAUUUAUUGAUAGCUAUGGCGAAUUUGUGAUAACACAGACUGUAGUAAUAUUAACAUUUUUAACAAUAUCACAAGGCACACCAUUGAUACAUGGGUGUUGAGUUAUCAUUAAAUAAGAACACUUUUUUCAGCAGUUUCAGGAAAUUCAUUGUGACCUCAAUAGUAUAAAGGUCAACUUUUGUUGACAAAUUUCACUAUAUCUCCAAACUUCUCUUUAAGCAAGAAGUUAUAUAAUGUUAUAUGUAAAGUUGUAUGACAUGUUGUACUUGUUUCUUCUGGUAGUGUAACAUGUAGAUGUGAAGGUAUCCGGUAGUGUAAAUCAUGUUCCUUGAUACAGGAGGCAGAUUUUGUGACAUUGUCACACUUCUAUUGCAAUAAACAGGUGGUAUUAUUUUGCAGCUGAAAUGUACAUAGCAUCAGUCAUUGCGUGGGAUGGUGUGUCAGAUUAAACUUGUCACCUUGUUUUCUU